AUGGCGAAGGAGAGAAAAUACGAUGACGAAGGUACAAGGAGCGAUUUUGGAAAUUCGGCCCUAACGGAACACCAUACAACACCAAGUCGAUAUAUUCGACAUCUACGUGUAAGACCUCACACGUCCCAUAUACCCACACUCCUCGAGUACCCGACAGCCCCGGCCAGAGCCCGGAAACACCGUCCCCGAGGAGACCCCACACCGCUGGAGGCAACCCCCCAGGCCGCCCCGGAGAGACCCACACCGCCCGGAGAGACACACCGCCCCGAGGACCCCACCCGCGUAGAGCCAACGAGACACGCCCACAAGACCAACCGCCGGAACCACCACUCCGAUGACCACCCCCGGAGACUCCACAGCCCCGAGAUACCCCAUCCCGCUCCGGAGAUAGACCCCCACACACCGGAGACCACAACCCCCGGCCCCGCUGGAAGACCACACACGACCGAGAUCCCCACACCGCCACCGGAGAGACCCCACACACCGCCCCGGAGAGACCACCACACCGCCCCGGAGAGACCCACAACCGCCCGAGAGGACCACACACGACCGGAGAGACCACACACCGCCCCGGAGAGACCACCACACCGCCCCGGAGAGACCCCCCACCCCAACGGAGAGACCCACACCGCCCCGGAGAGACCACACACCGCCCGGAGAGACCACACACCGCCCCGGAGAGACCCCACACCAGCCCGGAGAGACACCACAACCGCACCGGAGAGACCCCACACCGCCCCGAGAGACCACCACACCGCCCCGGAGAGACCACACACCGCCCCGGAGAGACCCCACACCGCCCGGAGAGACCCACACCGCCCCGGAGAGACCCCACACCGCCCGGAGAGACCCCCACACAGCCCCGGAGAGCCCCAACACCGCCCCGGAGAGACCCCCACACCGCCCCGGAGAGACCCACCACCGCCCCGGAGAGACCCCCACACCGCCCCGGAGAGACCCCACAACACACCCCGGAGAGACCCCACACGCCCGGAGAGACCCCACACAGGCCCGGAGAGACCCCACAACGCCCCGGAGAGACCGCACACCGCCCCGGAGAGACCCCCACACCGCCCCGGAGAGACCCCCACACCGCCCCGGAGAGACCCACACCGCCCCGGAGAGACCCCACAGCGCCCCGGAGAACCCACACCCCCGGAGAGACCCACACGCCCGGAGAGACCCCACAACGCCCGAGCAGACCACACACGCCCCGGAGAGACCCCACACACGCCCCGGAGAGACCCCAACAGGCCCGGAGAGACCCCAAACGGCCCCGGAGAGACCCCACACCGCCCGGAGAGACCCCAACACACCCCGGAGAGACCCCACACCGCCCCGGAGAGACCCACACACGCCCCGGAGAGACCCCAAACGCCAGAGAAAAAACCCACCACACCGCCCCGGAGAGACCCCACACGGCCCCGGAGAGACCCCACACCGCCCCGGAGAGACCCCCACACACCCCGGAGAGACCCCACACGCCCCGGAGAGACCCCACACCGCCCCGGAGAGACCACACACGGCCCGGAGAGACCCACACCCCCCGGAGAGACCCCCACACCCCCGGAGAGACCCCAACGCCCCGGAGAGACCCCCACACCGCCCCGGAGAGACCCCCACACACCCCGGAGAGACCCCACCACAGGCCCCACGGAGAGACCCCACACGCCCCGGAGAGACCCCCACACGCCCCGGAGAGACCCCCACACACCGCCCCGGAGAGACCCCCACACAACCCCGGAGAGACCCCACACACCGCCCCGGAGAGACCCCACACGGCCCCGGAGAACCCCCACACGCCCCGGAGAGACCCCAACACCCCCCGGAGAGACCCCACACACGCCGUGA